AUGGGUGCUGUCUUACCUUAUGGGCAGCUGGUCCGGUCUGCGGCCCGGACCCGUGUCGCGUACGUCCCCCGGCGAACAUUGACUACAACCCCCAUUCGUUAUAACCAAAACGACCAACCUGCUCCCCAAAAGUCAUCCUUUUUCUCGUCAAUGAAGAAUUGGGUUCUUGGAGAUUCAAAGCCCAAAGCUCGCACACCAGCCGCCCCCAAGCGCGAGGAAGGCAAACUCGGCUCCGGCUCCAUUUUCGCAGAAGAUCUUGGUGAUACCUCCGGCCCAACCCCCCGCAAGAAGGAUCAGGGCAAACAACAAGAUGCCGCAGAAGCUGAGGGCUCUAAGUCAUUGGAUGCGCGCGACAAGACACUCCUCCAGAUGGGUCUGAACCCCAACCCGAAAGCCCAGCUCCGAUGGGAGAAGAAGAUGCUCAUCCGUGAGAUUCGGAAACGCGGCCGUCUUCCCAAGGCCGUUCAGAUCAAGCGGACAGAGCGUGAACAGCUCUCCAAGUCACACUGGUUCAAGACCUCCGUCAAGAAGCUGGGCCCCCUCGCCCGCCAGAUUGCCGGUAAGAACAUCGACGAGGCUAUCCUCCAGAUGCGUUUCAGCAAGAAGAAGGCUGCCCUGGAUGUUCUGGGUCACUUGGAGCAGGCGAAAAACGAGGCCAUGGUCCGUGCAGGCAUGGGCCUCCCGGAAGAGAAAACCGAGCCCACUAAGCCCCUUACCGUCAUCCUCAAGUCUGGUGAGCGCAAGACCGUCACCGACCCCACAAACAUCUAUAUUGAGCAAGCUUGGGUCAACCGUGGUCCCUAUGGAUUUGGCAUGGAUCACCGUGCUCGUGGUCAGAUCAACCGCCUGCGCCCACCAGCUGCUGGUCUCUCCAUCAUGUUGAAGGAGGAGAAGACCCGCAUCCGCGAGUGGGAGGAGCGGGAGGCUACUGCGCUGCGCAAGCGGAAGGAGCAGCUCUGGGUCCAGUUGCCGGAUCGCAAGGUCUCUGCCCAGAGCCAAUACCCUCUCUGGUAA